AUGAUGCUACCCGCCAUUGCUAUUGGUAUUCUUAUCCUACGGCGCAGGAGGCCCGAUUUGAAGCGUCCAUUUAAAGCCUGGCUGCCUGCUAUGUACGUCAGAAUACUUGUGCGUCUUGUCCUACUGGCUGCACCGUUCUUUCCACCGGCAGACGGCAAGGGGGAUGUCAGCUUUUUCUACGCGACAUAUGCCAUUGUUGGUGUUGGAAUCUUGCUCUUUGCUGUAUUAUUCUGGUAUGUAUCGACCGUCUACCGUCCGCGCAGACGUGGAUACAGGUUGGAGGAAAAGGCCGAGGUCCUCGAGGAUGGAACGACAAUUACAAAGCUUGUGCGCAUAAGUAUUUAA